AUGAACAAGACUGAGGAAAUAAAAUACGUUAGACUGAGAGUAGUAGGCGGAGAGCCUGCAGGAGGCGCUUCUCUUGCACAGAAAGUGGGGCCUCUGGGAUUCAACGCAAAGCAGGUCGGUGAGAACAUUGCCAAGCAGACAAAAGAGUACAUGGGGUACAAAAUUGGAGUGCUGCUUGCCAUCCAAGGAAGACAGAUGGAAAUCACUGCAGAGCCCGGAACAGCAGCGCUGAUUCUGAAGGAGCUGAAGGAGCCCCCAAGAAACAGAAAGAAGGAAAAGAACGUCCAGCACAAUGGAUCGCUUGCUCUGCAGGCAGUCAUUGAAAUCGCAAAGAAGCAGAGAUCCAAGUCCUACGCCAGAGAGCUCUCUGGGGUGGUGAAGGAGGUCCUUGGUACAUGCCUUUCAGUCGGUUGUCUCGUAGACGGAGAGUCUCCAAAGGAAAUUACUAGAAGAAUCCAGCAGGGAGAAAUAGUCAUUGCAGACGAAUAA